AUGGCGACCAUGUCCCCACUCCAAAAGGAGGCGGCCACGGUGCCCUUCAGGAAGAACCUCGCGGCACAUGUCAUCUGCAGUGAAUGCAAGGAAGUGCCACCCAACCUGGAGUUCGACUCCCACCAGACAACCUGUGGCAGUUGCGGCCUGGUCCUUGGAGAUCGCGGAAUCGACAUGGGCUCCGAAUGGCGCACUUUCUCGAACGACGACCAGAACUCGGACGACCCGUCUCGUGUCGGAGAUGCCAACAACCCGCUCCUGAAUGGUGAUCAGCUGGAGACCACGAUCGCCAGUGGCGCCACUGGCCGGUCUCGCGAUCUGUAUCGCGCCCAGAACAAGCAGUCUAACGACAAGCAGAACAAGGCCCUGAUGCAAGCCUACAAGGAGAUUGGCGCCAUGUGUGAGGGGUUUAAUAUCCAGAAGAACGUGGCCGACACUGCCAAGUACCUGUUCAAGACUGUCGAUGACGCCAAAGCCUUUAAGGGCAAGUCCCAGGACGUCCUUAUCGCCGGCUGCAUUUUCAUCGCCUGCCGCAAGUGCAAGGUCCCCCGUUCGUUCUCUGAGAUCUUCGCCGUCACCAAGGUCAGCCGAAAGGAGAUUGGCCGGAUCUACAAAUCCCUGGAGAAGUUCUUCACCCAGAACGACGAGGCCCGCAAGGCUGCUGUGGUGGCGAGCGGUGGUACUCCCGAUAACGUAGUCUACGAGACGACUACCUCGACCAAACCCAGUGACAUGUGCAACCGGUUCUGCAACCUUCUCCGUCUCGAAUACCCCCUCCCCCGCAUUUCUGUGCAGUUGUCGGACCGAGUCACCGCUUCGGGUAUCUUGGCUGGACGUUCGCCACUUUCCAUCGUGGCCGCCUGCAUCUACAUGGCUUCCCACUUGAUGGGCCAGGGCAAGUCUCCAAAGGAGAUUUCCCAGAUCGUCCACGUUAGUGACGGGACCAUCCGUGGUGCUUACAAGCACCUGUAUGCAGCCCGCGAGCGGCUCAUCGACCCGUCCUGGAUCGAAAAGGACAAGGGAGAUAUGAGCAAGCUGCCCGCUGCCUGA